CUAAAACAAAUGUUAACACUUGUUUUUGAUUAUAGAUAACAGGUUGCUUUGAAGCGCUCAACCCAUUAGAAACAAAAUUGCUAUAUCAACCUACACCGUUUUUCAAUAUCUCCUAAUAGAUUCCCUCUAGUUCGGCUAGCUAGUAAAUGGUUUUUCGGGCGAUAAUACAAAAACAAAAUCAAAUAGUUCAUAACAAUAAAAGCCAAAUCAAAUAAUAAACUAAUAAUGGCCUAAUGAGAUGAAGGAAGAUCCACCCUCCAUUGAAUUCAUCCUACUUUCCUCCCAAUUGAAGCAGAUACCUCAGUUUAUGAAUUACCAGUAGCCACGUAUCUUAUCUUAUCACAUUCAUAAAACUAAGGUCGGUUCAAGCCACUCAACUUUGGCCAAUCCCCGAUCUUCCCUUUUACAAACACCAAACUUUGAUUCUUCUUCCCAUCUCCCACCACUCAACAAUUCUCUGUAGAUCUGAAAAUUCAGCUCCAAUGAAGAAGUUUGAGAUGGUUUUCAUACCUGCCCCAGGAAUGGGUCACCUUUCUUCCACAGUAGAAAUGGCCAAUGUUCUUGUCACUCGAGAUCCUAGUCUCUCUGUCACAGUGCUCGCCAUGAAGCUGCCCUACGAUCUCAAAGUUGCUGAAUGUAUCGACUCACUUUCUAUGUCUUUCACAGGCAAAUCUAUACAAUUCAUCGUCCUUCCUGAACCGUCCCUUCCAGAAGAAAGUAAAAAGGACUUCAUUGUGCUGGUUGAAAGCUACAAAGCUUAUGUCAGAGAGGCUGUCGCCAACUUGGUUGGCUCUGAGACAAGUCUUGACUCGCCUCAGCUAGCUGGGUUUGUCAUUGACAUGUUCUGUACAACCAUGAUCGAUGUGGCUAAUGAAUUUGGGGUUCCUUGUUAUGUGUUUUAUACCUGCAGCGCUAGCUUUCUGGCUUUUAGUGUUCAUCUUCGAGAGCUUUACGACCAGAAUGAUAGCAAUGAGGUGGUGGAACAGUUGCUGAACUCGGAUACUGAGUUCAUUACUUUGCCAAAUUUUGUCAAUCCCAUUCCCAGUAAACUCAUUCCUAGUCUCUUCUCCAACAAGGACAAGGCCGUUUGGUUUCAUAACCACAUUAAGAGAUUUAGAUCAGAAAUCAAUGGGAUUCUUAUCAAUACAUUUAUGGAGAUGGAAUUUCAUGCCAUGGAGUCCAUAUCGAGUAAUGGCAGAGUCUUCCCACCGCUAUACUUCGUUGGACCCAUUUUGCAUUUGAAAAACACAGGGGUUGCUGGAUCAAGUGAGGCUGAAAAUUAUGCAGAAAUAUUACAAUGGCUUGAUGGUAAACCUCCAUCAUCAGUGGUUCUCGUGUGUUUUGGGACCAUGGUGAGCUUUGAUGAAAAUCAGGUGGUGGAGAUAGCAAAUGCAUUGGAGGAAAGUGCGGUUGGCUUCAUAUGGUCCCUUAGGCAGCCUCCACCAAAGGGUAAGUUCAAAGCGCCGCCGAAAAACUACACCGACAUCAAAGACGUCCUACCGGAGGGAUUUCUCGAUAGAACAGCAGAUACUGGGAGAGUGAUCGGAUGGACGUCACAGAUAGAGCUAUUGGCACACCCCUCUAUAGGAGGAUUCAUGUCACAUUGUGGUUGGAACUCGAUUAUAGAAAGCGUAUGGCAUGGAGUGCCGAUGGCGACAUGGCCUAUGCACGCCGAGCAACAAUUCAAUGCCUUUGAGAUGGUCUCUCAGGUACUAGAGCUUGGAAUUGUGGUACAUUCGGUAAUUAUAGGGAUUGGUAUGGGUGUCUCAGAAACUCCAAGUACAAUAAAACCUCUUGUGGCGGCCAUCACUUUUCAUCAGUUAUUUGAAGGUAUGGGCCUAGGAGGAUGCAUCGCCCAGGCAAAGCUCACAACCAGGGCAGCGGUGCUAAUGGCAGUUUUCUUCUGCCUGACAACGCCAAUUGGGAUAGCAAUAGGCAUUGGAGUAACCAACAGCUACGACGAAGAUAGCCCAAAAGCACUCAUAGUUGAGGGGAUUCUGAAUGCAGCCUCAGCUGGUAUCUUAAUGCAUAUGGCUCUUGUGGACUUUCUGGCUGCUGAUUUUGUGAGCCUUAGAAUGCAGAGCAAUGCAAAGCUUCAAUUCUUUGCCAAUGUUGCUCUUAUUGUUGGAGCUGCUUUGAUGUCUUUACUUGCCAUAUGGGCUUGAAAACUCAUACCAAUCUUCCCACCCAGAAUCAUUUCCAAGUACUUGGUAGAACAUACGACUUCAAGCAUUCUAGUAAUAGAAUAAACAGCGUUCGACACGCUAUAAGUCUCGUGUUGUU